GAACGCUAACCGUUUAGCAUGUUGCAGAAAUACAGUAGCUGAAUGUGAUUGACAAAUGGUCGUACAAAGUUGACUUUUGCAGAUGAUAAAACAUACAAUAGACAUACGGUGUGCAUCAAUCUUGGCCAUUGUCCUUCUGCGUUGUUUGGCGCUGGCUCCAUUUUUGUGUUUAGCUCCUUUGCGAAAAGGGUUACCGGUUGCAGACGAGGAUGUGACUGGAUGUCGGUUGUGUUGCGGGACGCGGAAUGGAGACUUGGACUCCCAACCCCCGAGCGAAGCCGUUUAUACCCCGCCAACAAAGAAGCCUGUAUCUCACCUAUAAAUACAAAGUGUUUCAUAAGAGGACAAUUCGCCGGCUCUGUCAGGCAGGCGCUGUACUGUUUCUACUGGUAACGGUCAUAGUGAAUAUUAAACUUAUCUUGGACACGAGAAGAGUUGCCAGUGAAGAAGCAGCAGCUCAAGAAUAUGAGGAUGUGAUGCCCAACAUGGAGACUCCUCGCAGACCGGCAAACGGGCGCAAGGUUCUUGACAUUGAGGUGUACUCCAGCCGGUCCAAAGUCUAUGUGGCAGUGGAUGGCACCACUGUGCUGGAGGAUGACAUGCGGGAGCAAGGCAGAGGCAUCCACGUGAUUGUUCUCAACCAGGCUACAGGUCAUGUGAUGGCCAAGAGAAUUUUUGACACCUACUCACCCCACGAGGAUGAAGCCAUGAUCCUCUUUCUCAACAUGGUGACCCGAGGUAGAGUUCUAAUCUUUACCAUUAAGGAUGAGGGCACGUUCCAUCUGAAAGAUGCUGCCAAAAACUUGCUCAAAAGUCUGGGCAGCCAGGAGUGUCUCAAUCUCAGCUGGAGGGACAUGUGGACUCUGGUGGUGAAGAAAGGAGGUCAAGUAUAUGGUGAAAAGCAUUCGAAAUCUCCUGCUCUUUCCACAUGGGGCGAUCCAGUUCUCCUUAAAACAGAAGUGCAGCUCACUGCCUCUGAAGAGGCAGAGUGCCAUUGGGCCGAUACAGAGUGGAAUCGGCGCAGGAAGCUCUUCUGCAGCAAAGUAGAAGGAUAUGGCAGCAUCUGCAGCUGCAAAGACCCAGCACCCAUUGAAUUCAACCCAGAACCUCUGUCCAAUAAUAGUGUCUUCAAUGUCCCUGUAGCUGUCAUUGCAGGAAACAGACCCAACUAUCUCUAUCGGAUGCUCAGGUCGCUUCUUUCAGCUCAUGGUGUUAACACACAAAUGGUCACAGUCUUCAUUGAUGGAUAUUAUGAGGAGCCUAUGGAUGUGGUGGCACUGUUUGGACUGAAGGGAGUUCAGCAUACACCAAUCAGCAUCAAGAAUGCUAGAGUGUCUCAGCACUACAAGGCCAGUUUGACAGCAACAUUCAACCUUCACCCUGAGGCCAAAUAUGCUAUUGUGUUAGAGGAAGAUUUGGACAUCUCCAUUGACUUUUUCAGUUUUCUGAGUCAGACCAUUCAUCUGCUGGAUGAGGAUGACAGCCUGUAUUGCAUCUCAGCCUGGAAUGAUCAGGGCUAUGAACACACAGCAGAGGAUCCUACCUUGCUCUACAGAGUGGAGAGUAUGCCUGGCCUGGGCUGGGUCCUGAAAAAGAGCCUCUAUAAGGAUGAACUGGAACCAAAAUGGCCAACACCAGAAAAGCUGUGGGAUUGGGACAUGUGGAUGCGAAUGCCAGAGCAGAGGAAGGGUAGAGAGUGUAUCAUACCUGAUGUGUCCCGCUCCUACCACUUUGGCAUCAUCGGCCUUAACAUGAAUGGAUAUUUUCAUGAGGUAUAUUUCAAGAAACACAAGUUCAACACAGUUCCUCACAUUCAGCUGAAGAACGUGGACAGUUUAAAGAAGGAUGCCUAUGAAGUGGAAAUCCAAAACCUGCUUCGGGAGGCAGAGGUGCUGGACCACACGAAGAACCUGUGUGAGGACUCGAUGCUGCCAGACUCUGAGGGGAAAGUGUAUGUCAUGUUCAUUAAGAUGGAGUCGGAGACGGACUCCUUGACCUGGACUGAGCUUGCUAAGUGCCUCCAUGUUUGGGACCUGGAUGUACGUGGAAAUCACAGAGGCCUGUGGCGACUGUUUCGAAAGAAAAAUCAUAUCCUAGUGGUGGCUGUACCAAUCUCCCCAUACUCUGUGAAGAAACCUGCCAAUGUCAUCCCCAUCCACUUAGAGCCUCCCCCCAAAGAAGAGGGUGCACCAGCAGAGCAGCUAUAAACCUCUCUUUCUUGCUCUCUCUGUUUCUCUCACACAUUUUAACCAGCCCAGCCAGGCCUUAACAAUUUUUUCAACCACGAAUAAUACUGUUCUGGGAGCCCCAACCGAGGUUUAACACCACUGAAUCAGACCCAGUCUGUCUGUUGUUGCACAGUGACUUUGAUUCCAUUUCCCUUAAAACUGCAGGAUCCUGUUUGAUUUACAGUGUCCCCCCGCUAUACCACAGAAUAUUUGGGGAACAUACAGUAUCUACGUCUGCUGUCUCCACUCAUCCACCAUCCACACACAGAUGUAAUUUCUGAAUGUUACUCCGCGGCGGACUAAUAUGCGAAAGCACAUCGGCCUGAAGUUCCGCCUGUGCGCUCGGGACCUGCUUUGGAGUCACAGGAUUUGACGACACCAGAAAAAACACUUCCGCCGCUUCAGCUGUUAAGCGGUAACGGUACUUUGCUGCUCCAUUAUAUGGCAGACGUUUUCAGUUUAUAACGAUCGUUUUUAAUCGUUUUUUUACAGCUUUUUACAUGAAUAUAAAUACUGUACAGUAUUUAACAUAUAUAAAUAUUGAUUAAAAUGCAGUGUAAAGUCUAUAUUCAAAAUAAUGAACAUUUAACCAGUCUCACGAGAUUUUCAUUCUCUCAUGUUCUGAUUGGCUGUUGGUAACAUCAAGCAAUCUUGGAUAGAACUUUGAAUAUUUUCAGUGCUGUGAAAGAGUAUUGGCCGCCUUCUCAAAUUUUUGCAUAGUUUACCCACUUAAUGAUGAAGUGACUCAAAUGUAAAAAUCAAAUAUAACCCAAGUAAACAUAAUAUGCGGUUUUUAAGAGGCAAUUCAGUAACGAUACUUUUACUCCGUUUCAAUUAUCUAAAUGUCGCUCGCUUCUUUUAUUUCUCAAGUAUUUCGACUUCCGCAUUGGGCGCUGUUCGCACCAAUCCAGUUUAAGCCUAGUUCAGCAAUCAAACGACACAAGAAAGUCACGACCUGGUUGUCGUGACUGUGACGGCAACGACGCGCUACUCGUGUUUACAUCUCGACGAACCAAAACAACAGCUUUCAUGUAUUGCAGUAUUUGUCAUUUGAGCACUAGUUGCCCAAAUGUGGACAUUUCAGCCCACUUAUAAUUUGAGAAAACACCUUGCAGAAAAUUUUAUUUUGUUGUUUUGAUUUUACUGAUGUUCAUGCUGAUCCGCUAGUACAUCUUGUAUUAAUUAGGAAACGCGCCGACAAUUAUCUAAUUAGUUUACAGAUCCAUCCAUUUUCUGUACCGCUUUAUCCUCACAAGGGUUGCGGUCGUGCUGGAUGUUUAUGUUAAAUGUAUUAAGCGACGGUGCGAUGUUAGGGGCUAUGUCACGACACAGAAUUAACUAACUUCAAAUUCAGAAAUAGUAAAAAAAAAAAAAAAAAAAAAAAAAACUUAAUAUAUUU